CAUAACAUCAAAACCACUUGCUCAUCUGAAACGGUGGUCACACUGACCCACAACACCGCCUUUCUUUUUCCACGCACUCGCCGCUUCUCCUUCCAAAUACGUCUGUCUCUCUCUAUAUCUACACAUCUUCUCUCUUUCUCUCUAGCUAUAUAUAUACAUCUAUACAAUCGUUGCUCCUUCUCUUUCUCUCUCCACCUGAUGGCGCGAGUCCUCUCACAAACCCUAAUUCGGAAUUCAUUAUCGGCAUCAAGAAAUUCAGGCAUCUCCUUCAACAAAUCACCAAUAUCUGGGAUCUUGACGCAGAGGAACGGGUCGAAUCAGUCAGGGAAGUCUCAGCUGAUCGAGCUGGACCUUGAAUCGGAGGGAGAAGUGGAGGUCUUGGGCAUACGGAAGCUGGAGGACGUCAUCCACAACAUCAUCAUCAAGCGAUCAGCACCAGAUUGGCUCCCCUUCAUCCCCGGAUCGUCGUACUGGGUCCCACCUCGUCGCCGACCUUACAACGUCGUCGAAUUGGUUGGGAAGUUGACCAGCCCGUUGACCGAUGAGGAGACCAGGUCCUUCACUACCGUCCGAGGUUGGCCUUCUUCCGCUUUUUUUCUUGAAGGUACUUCAACCACAUUUCCAGUUCCAAUGGAGGCAGAGGGGGAGGGAGAUGUGAAGGUUCAGAACAACUCAGAGAAUGCAUCUCAAUCUGAGGAUGAGGAAGGAUGAACACUUGUCUCUUCACAAAACAGGUUGCUAGGGCUAGUGCUCCUCUGUAGAUAUGUAGGCGAUCUUAUGCGAUGUUUGUAAAGAUGGAACGUGGUAGUUGUGGGGCCGGGAGUUUGGUUUAUCUGCUUCUUCGCCACGGUUCAGCUCGCCCAUUCUGCCUAGAAGCAUAACACUGCCGUCUAGUUGUUUGACUUGGCUGAUGAAAAGUCGUUGUGCUUAUUGUAUGUUGAACAUUCAUGAGCUGGAUUUUUUUUACGAAUAAUGUUUCUAAUUCCUCUCCAAAGUCAUUGCCCUUGUUUGCUCUCUCUUUUAUCUGGAUCUCAUAUAUAUGUCUUUUUACCAUGAA